AUGGCAUCAUACCAUGUGCAGAUGAAGCGGUUCGUUUCAGCCCUCUCUGUGAAGGCGUCGACCACAUGCAUUGAGGACGGCGUGGCUCGGCACCCUAUCGCCCGAGGCCCCACAGGCGGCGUCAAGGCAGGGUACCGCGGCAACCACGCCCGCCCUGCGCCCCACCUAUCGCGACGGGAGGCCGGAGUUGGUGAAUAUCACUGCGGCGGCUGGUAUAUCUCAAUCUACUCAGAUGGCGACGGCAGGGCCGCAGGGGGCAGCCAGGGGCCGGCGGUGGCGGGAUGGGUGGGUGGGAAUGGCCGAAUGCGAGAUGCGAAUGGGGAGUUGCGGCAGGGGGCGCCGCCGCUGAGAGCCUGA